AUGGUUAGGGAUUCCGAAGGAAAGACUGUUUUGGACUUUGUAUCCACCAUAGAUUCAGUUGAUAAGGUGGAAAACCUUAGAUCCAAAUAUGACCUCCCUUCAGCUCUAAAGGCGAGAGCCCCAUUAGGGAACGAGAGAGCUAACUCUCCUCCAAGGGGAAGAAUUACCGUGUAUGACCGAUUCAUGCAUCUAGGGCUUAGAUUUCCUCUCUACCCCCUGUUUGAGGAGAUUGUCCAACACUAUAGGACUCCUCUCGCUCGUUUUACCCCAAAUUUAAUUACAUUUGUACUGGGGCUUGUGAGAGACUGGUAUAUCGUAAAAAGGCGCCUUAGAACUGGCGUGAAGAAGAUGGUUGAGGCAUAUGGCGGUUCCCCGGAAUGGAAACCGGACUUUUUGUUUGUAAAGGCGCCCUCGAGUUAUUGCUUACCAUGGAAUCUUCGAGAGACAGAAGGUCUCGGGGCUAUAAAGGAUGAAUGGACCCAAGAGGAUGAAGAAUGCGUCGAGAAGUUCCAGGCAGAUGUGGAGAAAAUUUUGAAAUAUUCGAAGGUCAUGUCGUCGAGCAAUGCUGGGUCUCGAUUGUUUGGUGAUGAAGAUCCUUUUGUAAUUGUGAAUUCAGAUGAGGAUGUCACCGUUACUGCUGCCCCUCUGAAGAGAAAGAAGAAAAGGAUUGUGAAGAAAACUGCGCCGGAAGCAGGGCCAAGCAUAGUUCCUCCCGUGGCGGAGAAAGGGAAGGGCCCUCUCGAGGGGGAGGCCAUAGUCUUGCCUCCUCAGCUGUUCGAGGGAGGCCCGUCUGUGGCAGUUCACACCUUCAGCAACUCGCCGUCAAUCGAGUGUGCUAUUCUCGAGGAAUUCGUUGCUCAGCUGAAUGAAGUUGAUAGCUUGAGACUGGACCCAAAGAAAACCAUGCACGAAGCCAUGGUGAAGGUCUUGACAAGGUUGAGCCUCGAGCAGCUUCCCCUGUGGGGAGCUUUGACUGGUGCCAUGCCGAAAAUGAGUUCCCCUGCAGAGAUUGCCUCAUUUCUGGGCAACAUUCCUGCUGUCCUGGCCAAGGGUCCAAGUGAGGAAGAUCCUAUACCCGAGAAAAGUUGGACCGUUCACCGCGUUCACCUCAUGGUGUUUUCGGAGGAGCAAUCGAGGGAGUUCCCGUUAUAUGCUAUGAUUAGCGGGAUUCUGAGAAGUCGUGCUGAUGUGCAUAGCCUCGAGACGGUGGCACACUUGGAGAGUGACCUGCUCGAUGCCAUGAGGAUGCACAAUGUAAAGGUUAACCAACAUCUGAUAAAUGAGAUUAAAGGACUCCGCGAGGAGAUGCAGCGUCGAGAGGUUCGAAGCCUGAAAGACCACAGUGACUCUCUGACUUUCGAGGCCGAGAUUCAUGAUAAGCUGGUGACCUUGGAGAAGGAAAACGCUCAGCUUAGGGCAAGACAGCAGAUUACUGUGUCUCCCUGGUUUCUCGAGAAGCACCAAGUGUUAGCCCGAGUCCAGCACAUGAUUAUGGUCAGGACUCGCCGUUUUAUUGCAGUCAUGGAUAUACUGAAAGAGAGAUCUCGUGAGAUCGAGCUUCUUACAAACUAUAUUGCCCAACUGCAAAAUCUACUGCUGGAUAACAACAUUGACUUAGAUGCUUUCGAGCGUCCAAAGGAAACUGUGGAUCCUCGAACUCGGAGUUCUCGAGAAGAGCUGUUGAUGAGGGUGCACGCUCAGGACACAGAGAUGGUGGACCUUAAGAAUAAAUUGAAUCAAUGUGUGAAUCUCCUUAGCCUGCAUGGGUAUAAGGGGAUUAUCCAUCCCUCCCCCGACAAUCCUGUCAGGGAGGUUCUUAUAAUAGUGUAG